CUCCUAGUUUCCAUCUGCUGCCUUUUAUGGUAAAACAGUAGAGAAGGAUUUGGUGUAGUAGUGAAGCCCUGGCCGGACGAGGGCUCAGUUAGACACACUCACAGCGGGACAGCAGGGGGCUGAGGAGCAGGGACAGAGUGUGAGCGGGACACUGGGGACCCCUGAGGCGGUGGCACAGAGUUAGGCGGCACUCAGCAUCACAGGGCUCAUGGGAACAAUACACAGAGAGCCUUAACAGGUCCAGGACUCAGACAGCCGUGACUGAAAGGCAGAAGUAAAGAUGACAGAGCGUUAUGACUGCCACUACUGCAAGGAGUCUCUGUUUGGGAAGAAUUAUGUUCUUCGUGAGGAAAACCCUUACUGUGUGAAGUGCUAUGAGAGCCUGUACUCCAACACCUGCGAGGAGUGCAAGAAACCCAUCGGCUGCAACAGCAGGGAUCUGUCCUACAAGGACCGUCACUGGCACGAGGACUGUUUCCACUGCUUCCAGUGCAAGCGCUCACUGGUGGACAAGCCUUUCUCCACCAAAGACGAGCAGCUGCUGUGCACCGAGUGCUAUUCUAAUGAGUACUCCUCCAAAUGCCAUGAGUGCAAGAAGACCAUCAUGCCUGGCUCCAGGAAGAUGGAGCAUAAAGGAAACAGCUGGCAUGAGACCUGCUUUACAUGCCAGCGCUGCCAGCAGCCAAUUGGCACCAAGAGCUUCAUCCCCAAAGACAACCAUAACUACUGCGUGCCCUGCUACGAAAAGCAGUUUGCCAUGCAGUGUGUUCACUGCAAGAAGCCCAUCACCACUGGCGGUGUGACGUACCAUGACCAGCCGUGGCACAAGGACUGUUUCCUGUGCACUGGCUGUAAGCAGCAGCUGUCUGGCCAGCGCUUCACCUCUCGUGAUGACUUUGCUUACUGCCUCAACUGCUUCUGCAACUUGUAUGCCAAGAAAUGUGCCUCCUGCACCACCCCCAUCAGCGGACUUGGAGGAAGCAAGUACAUCUCCUUUGAAGAGCGCCAGUGGCACAACGACUGUUUCAACUGCAAAAAGUGCUCGGUGUCUUUGGUGGGCAGAGGUUUCCUGACCGAGAGAGAUGACAUCCUGUGUCCUGAGUGUGGCAAAGACAUGUGAAAGCCAGCAAGAAACAAUUCGAGCAUGCAUGACAUGCUUGAAAUGUUAAAACCAAAGCUUUGGCAAAGCAUGAAACAGUGUGAACAUUGAAUACAUUUAGGUACUCCAUGGAAACAUACAUAACAUUGUUGUAGCAAAGAUUAUAAUAGUGUAUGUAUAGCAAGAGGCAGAUUUUCUAUAUUUCAGAAGAGUUUCAUCUUGCUUUAACAUGAAGACUGAGGAAAGAAUCGGUCUUAAAGAUUAAACUGUAAGAGUGAGGAUAAUAACCAUUUAUAUCUCUUUCAAAUGUCUAACAAGCUCUCUGAUGUGUUGCAUAACCCAUGUCUUAACUUGCAAAAAAAGUAUUUUGGUCUUUACGUGUAUCUAACAGUUGAGAACGAAUUCUAAAUAAAGUACAUUUAAUGCAAUAUCAAUAAAGCUUAUUAAAAUAAAUCAA